UCUCAUUUCAAAUAACCUCAUCAACCUUCAUAUAUAUACAUUAAAAAAGAAAUUCUAUAUAUAUAUUUCCAAAUUUCCUCCUUUAUCAGCCCAGGACAAACCAUUGGAUCGAAUUCAAACUCAGGAUUGAAUUCGGUCUAAUGGUUUGGGAGUUCUAAAUAAGUCUAAGAGUUUUGUACAUACAUAGUAGUUGAUCAUCAAGAUUUGAAGAUGGAGAAGGUGACAAGGUUGGCAUCUGAGAAAGGGGUGGUGAUCUUCACAAAAAGCUCAUGCUGUUUGUGCUAUGCAGUGAACAUUCUGUUCCAAGAAAUAGGGGUGAGUCCAGUGGUUCAUGAGAUUGAUCAAGACCCUGAUGGAAGGGAAAUGGAGAAGGCUCUAAUGAGGCUAGGUUGCAAUGCACCUGUGCCUGCAGUCUUCAUUGGAGGGAAGCUAAUGGGGUCCACCAAUGAAAUCAUGUCCAUGCACCUAAGUGGUUCACUCACUCAACUCCUCAAGCCAUACCAAACUUCAUUAUCUUGAAACAAAUGGAAAAUUCAUGAAUGAACUAGUCCUCAUCAGUCAUAAUAAACUGGCUUGAACUUACUUAAUUAGUAGCAGUAGUAGUAGUAUUAAUUAGUCUCUCUCUCUCUCUCUCUAUGUAGUGUUUUUAAUGUAUGAAAGUUGUGCUCUCUAGCAUUUGAUUAUUAUAGCUAUCAUGUAUCAUGUAAUCUGAUAAAUAUUAUAAUUAUUCUUAAUGAAGUUUGAUUUAUCCAAAA